AUGUGGCAAUGCCACCUCUCAGCCCAGGACUACCGCUAUUAUCCAGUGGAUGGUUAUUCAUUGCUUAAACGCCUCCCUCUUCACCCUCCUACAGGACCCCGAUGCCCUGUCCAGACAGUGGGACAAUGGUUGGAAAAUAUUGGGCUACCUCAGUAUGAAAACCACUUGCUGGCUAAUGGAUUUGACAAUGUGCAAUUUAUGGGAAGCAACGUAAUGGAGGACCAGGAUCUCUUGGAAAUAGGAAUCCUUAACUCUGGGCACAGACAGAGAAUACUCCAAGCAAUCCAGCUUCUCCCAAAGAUGAAGCAGAUUGGUCAUGAUGGCUACAACCCCGCCUCUGUAGCUGAAUGGCUGGAUUCCAUUGAACUGGGUGACUAUACCAAAUCCUUUCUAAUUAAUGGCUAUACAUCGAUGGACCUUGUGAAAAAAAUCUGGGAUAUUGAAUUAAUUAAUGUCUUAAAAAUCAGCUUGAUUGGCCACCGGAAGCGCGUUCUGGCAUCUCUGGGAGACAGGCUUCACGAAGAUCCUCCUCAGAAACCACCUCGGUCAAUAACCCUCAGGGAACCCAGUGGUAACCACACUCCUCCUCAGUUGUCUCCAUCACUUAGCCAAAGCACGUUCACUACUGGUGGCUCCCUGGACGUUCCCCACAUUAUCAUGCAGGGUGAUGCAAGGAGAAGAAGAAAUGAAAACUAUUUUGAUGAUAUUCCCCGGUCAAAGCUGGAGAGGCAGAUGGCACAGCAGUCCUCGGUCUGUGAGAUCUGGACCAACCAGAAUGCAGGAUAUCCUUUCUCAUCGAUUCAUCAGGUUCAUAAUACAGGAGACUGGGGAGAGCCUUCCAUUACCUUGAGACCUCCAAAUGAAGCCACAGCAUCAACGCCUGUACAAUAUUGGCAACAUCAUCCAGAGAAACUCAUUUUCCAGUCAUGUGAUUAUAAAGCAUUUUAUUUAGGUUCUAUGCUGGUAAAAGAGUUAAGAGGCACAGAGUCAACACAGGAUGCCUGUGCAAAGAUGAGGGUAAAAUGCAGAAAGUCUACAGAACAAAUGAAGAAAGUACCAACUAUUGUCCUGUCUGUCUCUUACAAAGGAGUCAAAUUUAUUGAUGCAACAAAUAAGAAUAUUAUUGCUGAGCAUGAAAUCCGUAACAUUUCCUGUGCUGCACAAGACCCUGAAGACCUUUCUACAUUUGCGUACAUAACUAAAGACUUGAAGACUAAUCACCACUACUGCCAUGUAUUCACUGCAUUUGAUGUGAAUUUAGCUUACGAAAUCAUCCUUACAUUAGGACAAGCAUUUGAAGUGGCCUAUCAGCUUGCACUACAAGCACGAAAAGGGGGCCAUUCUUCAACCCUCCCAGAAAGCUUUGAAAAUAAACCCUCCAAACCUAUUCCCAAACCACGUGUUAGUAUUCGGAAGUCAGUGCAGAUAGAUCCAUCCGAACAAAAGACUCUUGCGAAUCUACCAUGGAUUGUUGAACCUGGACAAGAGGCCAAAAGAGGCAUUAAUACCAAGUAUGAAACUACAAUUUUCUGAUACAAAACUGUCCCCCCUUCCUUGUUGUGCCUUGCACGCCAAGCAGUCACAGCACAGCCUUUCCUUUAUGGCAACGUUUCA